AUGUCACCGAUUACCCGAAGUAAAACGAGUACAAUCCGUUGGAGACAUCCAGAUUUUCCAACAUUUCAAGAUUUAGAAGCAGCAUAUAAGAUAGCAUAUCCGAAAAUUCAAGAGUAUGCAAAAGAAUUACUAGAGAUGAAAUUAGAAGAGGAAGAUAUUAGACAAAAUUUUUAUAAUCCAACUUCACCAGAAUAUUGGUUCAUAAAUAAUACAGAGGCAUUAGAAGAAGUGGUUUAUUAUAAAAUGAAAAAGAGAUUGAUUUUACGUUAUAAAGAACAAUUGAUCGCGGCAGGUGUUGAUUUAUCGGAAUAUAGUGAUACCGAAAGUGAAUUCGGUGGGGAAGUGCCACCCACUUUAGAGGAAUAUAUUGAGGAAGGGGGAAACAUUAGUGAGGAUCAAGUUGAACCAAUUUUCUCAUCAAUCUCUUCACGAACUCCCCCAACUUCAUUAAGUUCUUUUCAAAGUUCUCAUGUAACAAAUUUUAGAUUCACAUCAACCCUGAUGAAAAAGGAUGAAUCAAACACAACGUCGGUUCUUGAUGGAUAUGAUGGUAGUAAUAUCAUUACUAAUCGAAAUCGUAAUAUUCGAGAAGUGGCCAUGGUUCAUCAUUCUCAUCAUCAUGGAAGGGCACAAUUUGUUAAUAAUAUAUUAAGAUCAAUUAAUUGUCAUUUUCCAAUGCAUUGGAUUACGAACCUAACAACACAAAAAUUAGAAUAUAUUUUAUCUCAGCGUCAAAAAAACCUACUUAAAGGUCAAUUACAGGUUGCGGUGAAAGCUCAAGUAAAGGAAUUUAUUGAUCAGGAAAUUUCUCGGGCAUCAAAAGGAUUAAUGCAAAAUACUGAAGAAGAUAAUGAUUUCAUUGGAUUCGUACGCACGCAAUUAAAUGAAGUGUUUCAAGAACAAUUGGAAAAAUUCAUGGACAUUGGAUCGGGUGCGGAUUUUGCCUUAAUUACCGGAGGGGCAAGAAUAAUCCAUAAAUUAACUUCAAAGAAUUAUGAAUUAAGAUCAAUUAAACCAUAUCAAAAAUUAUUGAGAUUAGGUGGAUUCUCCAAUAAUGUCAUCAAGAGUAAAAUUCCCGAGACCGUUAUUUCACCAAAUAUUAACGUGGGGGAAUGUUGGUGCUUUAAUGGUACAAGUGGACAAAUCACCAUUAAGUUAUCUAGAAGUAUCAUAUUCACUCAUAUCAUAUAUCAUCACAUUAGCAGAGAUGUUUCAAUUGAUCCUAUAUUAUCCGCUCCAAAAGAAUUUGAAUUAUGGGGUUUACCAACAUCCAUUUCGACGACGGGAGAAAAUGAGAAUUCCUUGGAAAUAUUUAAGAAUGAUUAUAACGUUUUUCUUGGAAAAUAUCAAUAUGAUAUUAACGGACUUCCAAAGCAAAAAUUUAUUUUACCUGAUUCUAUUGCCAAAUCCCAAUCAAAUAAACGUAUCAGUGCUGUCAUGAUGAAAGUUCUCAAUAAUCAUGAGAAUCCCCAAUUCACUUGUUUAUAUCGUCUACAAAUUCACGGCGUUAUGCCUCAUUAA